CAGUUGAUGAUGAGCCGUUUUUUGUCCUGCGGCAAAUAAAAUAACAGAUUGCUGUUUACCAGAACAAAGUUCAGCAAAACGAUCUUGAAUUAUACAUUUACCCAGCUGUGUCACUAUGUCAGAGCCAAUUACCGCUGCAGAGUUAUGUUUGAACUUGAAAAAAGACCUUCAUGAAAUCUCUCUGCUAAGCUACGAUGCUCGCAAAAAGCAUUUAGAGUCAACAUCAAAGUCCUUACUUAGAUCAUCCUUCCAGCUGCUCAGUCAUGAAAAGAAUAAUCUUCCGGACUCGCAAGUUUCACAGCUAUCUGAAUAUUUGAUUGCAUAUCUGGGUUUUGAUCACUUCAUAUCAGUGGAGGCUUUAAUGAGUCUCUACAGGUUGAAAAGUUUGAAUGAUGAUUUUGACACCUUAUUGGAAGAAAAAAUCGAUGAUUUGAUAGAGACGCAAAAUUCCAAGUCAGACGUAUACAAGGUUUUUAAGAUUAUUUCGCAAUUAUUUGCAUUUGACCCGGUCUUAAGUUCUGCCAUCUUUACAAAAAAGGCGCCCUUCAUCAACCUAUUGACAAAUGAGGUGACACUCUUGACAAACAAUUUAGGUACUCUUAAUCCAGAAUCGAUCAAAAACCUUAACAUCAUAUUGCUCCUGCUCUCUAAUGCAUGUAUGGAAGAGACAUCAAGGUCAAUGAUAGCUACCAUGCAUAUCAAUAUCCUCUUAAAAUGUCUCUCCAUUACAGAUGAUGCCGUUUCCCAGAGCAGAUGCUAUGCGGCAACGACUACAGUAAAAUUAUGGAGGUUGAUCAACCCAGAAGUUCUUGAAAAUAAUGCUGUUUUACUUUCCUUGAACAACUUAUCGGACAUCAUUAUUGACUGUUUGCAUCAGGGUUUAGAGUCUUCAGUGGAAGGACUAUCAUUAUUAUGCACUAAUAUUCAAAUUAAGAAAAAGGUAAGAAAUGAGAAAGUAAUGGAGACAUUGUUUAGGCUAAUGAAAAGCAAAGAUCAUACGGUUUAUGGAAUCAUAUCUAUUUUGGCUCUCGUAACCCUUCCUAUUAGGGUUUUGAAAGUUCAACAGAGUUCAGUAAUGAGUCUUAAGGAUUCCAAUAGCAUUAGUAAUAUUGAUGCCAUGACCAACAAAAAAGUGAAUGCCACCAAAUUGGAAGAUGACAUCGUAUCAAUUCAAUAUGCUAAUCAAAAUAUAAUUAAGAGAAAUUUCUUUUCAAUUCAAGUUGUUCCGAUCUUCAAAUCAUUAGAAUCUUCGAAAGGGUUGGUCGGUCAAUGUUUGAAAUUGAUGCACAAUGUUGCUUUCCCAGAUAUUGAUCAAACAGGAAAAGAAAACAAUUUUCUAAAAGAUAAGGCCAAUUAUGCAACCUAUAUUUCAGAAAUCAGGGAGAUUAUUAAGCUCUUGACAGCAUUUUUGAUUGGUACCUCCCAAAAUAUAAAGUACAAGCAUGAUAAGUUUAUAACAUAUGACACUGAAAAAACUGAAAUGCCUGAGCAUGACUUGGAGCUUCGUUCGAUAGCAAUCAAGUCAUUGUGCAGUCCUGAAAUAAGCGCACGUGUGAAUGAAGUUUAUGGCACUGACAACGAAGAAUUUGCGUUGUCUCCUGUUCCUUUCAUCCUUGAAAUACUGGUUCAACACGAUAUCGAUACAGGCUGUUCGUUAGAGACAAAACAAACUCCUUUUAGCUCAAUAAAAAAGCAAAUAUUUUCGACAUUUGAUGUAUAUUACGCUUUUGUGGCUUUGGCUGCAAUUGCCUCACUCUCAUUUGAAAAAGUGAAGCAGUCAAUUUUUACAUUGGGAUUUGAUUGCAUUAUAAACGCACUUAACUCCGGAGAUGAAAAGCUUCAGUUUGCCUCUCUCCAAUUGUUGAACGAAAUUUCUGACAUACCCUUAUGCAUUGCAAAUUUGUUUAAUUGGGCUACUGAAACAGAUGAACAUUACCAAAACUUUUCUAUAUUAUGUCACUUGCUGCAAUCCAAUAAUUACGAUUCUCAAUGUCUGGUAUUGCAAAUUUUCUACAGUGUUUCAAGGUUUGAAAUCGUAACUGAGAAGUUAUGUGAAAGCGAAUUGUUUUGCUCCAACCUAAACAAGAUUUUCCAAAAUCAAGAUUCAGACGAUGCCUUGAUAUACUAUGCAUUGUUGCUAUUUGGUCAAUUAAUACCAUUGAGAGGAAAAUGUGCAGGUUAUGAUUACUUGAAACUUUUUGACGAAUCAAAGAACAUUUUCCAGAAGCAUACUCAGAGCCGGAAUGAGCAGAUAAGAGAAAGUGCUAGUCUGAUUGUAAAACAUAUGUAGCUUUGUCUUUAGUAACAUAAAAAGUCAAAAAUUUAAUGAAUUACUUAAGAAAAUUUUGCACGAAGGCUUCUGUCUGUGGAUUUAUAAACGUCUUGAGUUCCUUUUCAUUAACAGAGGCUGUUUUGACAAAUGAUUUUAAUGAUACUUUGAAUAAUGCUUCAUAUUCACUUCCGCUUAAAGCCUGAUACUCUUUGAGAUAAUACUCUUUUGAUGCAUUCAAUUCUCCGACAAAGUUUGCAGGAGGACUGAGAAGAUUUUCA